AAAUAUACAGGGGGCGUGUCCUCGAGCAGGAACCAGAGUAGGGGAGGUACACAGACUCAAGAUGGCGUCCCGCGAUGAAGCAGGAAAUAUGUUUCGCUUUCAGUAAUAAACGCGACUGGACAGGUUCGCUCGGACGUUGUCUGCUUGAGGAAGGCUGAAACGGAUUUAUUGGCGACCGAAGACAGCGCAGAUUUCUAGAUACUCUAAAUGGCUGCGAGGAAGUCUGGAUCGGAUCUCCACAACAAUGGACCUGUCAGCUACGUUGAUGGUGUUCCUUUUAAGCUUAAUGAGAAGUUUCGCUGCCCAGCAAAAGUGGGUCUGCCCAUUGGCUUCUGUCUGCCCGACUGUAACGCUUUGCUUUCGGAGACACAGUAUGACUUCAGCCUAGAGAAGCUGACUGUGCGCUGGGGGGAUGACCUGGCCAAGGCGCGAGCUGCCGAGGCACGGGAAGCCGAAUCGAGGCGGGCAGAAUCAGAAAAGGACAGACAGGCUGCUUUACAGGACAGUGAAGCCGGAUUGGCUGGUGGUAAAAAAGCCCGUCCUGCUGAGGAGCAGGACCUCCUCCCUCCGGCGCUGAACCCGGUCCUGGCAGGUCUUUGGCACAAUGCUAUCUUGACCCCGCUCCCGGCCCCGAGGUUCGGCCCAGCGCAACCAGCAGCCAGCAACCCUGUGCCUCAGAGUCUCAACCUGGCCGACUUUGAGCGGGAGGAGGACCCCUUCGACAAGCUGGAGCUCAAAACUUUGGAUGACAAAGAAGAGCUCCGGAGCAUCCUCCAGAGUCAGCCGCAGGCCUCGAUGCCCACAGUGUCCACCUCAACUCCAGAAAGAACAGGUGGAGAAGACUGUGCCACACCUCCUCAGCAGGCCAAAGUGGGUAUCUUCCAUAAACCCAACGGCCUGGUAGGACUGCUGGACUUGGAGCAUUCAGGGGUUGGUGGUGUGGCAACUUCCAGGGGACAGAUUGAUGCCGAACGCCCCUGUAACAUUCGCUCACUGACUUUUCCCAAACUGUCUGACCCUGGAGAUUCCCCCUCAGAUCCUCCCCUCACUUUAUAUUCAGCAGCCCCACAACGAAGCUUACCCAACGGAACUCCGCUGUCCCUGCUAAGAUCCACACCAGAUACCAGCUCUACACUACCGGUCGAGUUACCAGGCCAUGGAACAAAUGGCACUACAAAGCAGUCGAACCCCGUCCCAGCAACUGAGGCUCCCUCACACACGGGACCUGUGGGCGGAGCCCUGCUCAGUCUCUCCCCCAGCGAGCGCCAGUGUGUGGAGACCGUAGUAGGCAUGGGCUACUCUUACGAAGGCGUCCUCAAAGCCAUGCAGAGACAAGGGCAGAACGUCGAACAGGUGCUGGAGUACCUUUUUGUCCACAGCCGACUGUGCGAGCGAGGCUUCGAUUCCACGGCGGUGGAAGAGUGUCUGGAAAUGUACCAGUGUUCAGAGGAAAAGGCUCUACAGUUUCUGCAGUUGAUGUCUCGGUUCGGUGAGAUGGGUUUCGAGAGAGACACCAUCAAAGAGGUACUUUUAGAGCACAAUAACGACCAGGACAAAGCUCUGGAGGACUUAAUGGCUCGUGCGGCUGCAAGCUGAACCAGAGCAGUGUCUCCUACUUGAAACGCCCCUCCUUUCCUUUUCAACGCUGUGUCCAUUUGCAAGAGAGAAGGAGGGGGAGUGAGUAAGAUCAGCCGAGGUAGGGGGUGUAACGAGGAUGUCUGAGACCGGACAAGCGAACACGUAUCCCUUCAAAAAUAAACAUGCCCUUCGAGUCAGGGUUCGAACCGGCCAUUCAUCCGACCUAUUCAACGAUGUUUGUGUGCCUCUGGGGGAGGGGACACCGAGCUGUCCUUCUUUCUCCAUCGCUAUAGAAACAGGUGGUGGGGCAGGGCCUAGGACACAUGCCUUUGGAGGAGUGCAAUGGAAGCGUGAUUCGACAAGAAAUGGACCCACGGCUACAGCGCUGCUAUAUCUUUCAUAGAUGAUAAGCACUUCAUACUCGCUCAUACACAUGCCAUGUCUGAACAGAGACCUUGAAGUGCCCUUUCUGUUCUUGCCACUGCCUAGCUUUCGUUUUUGUUCUUUUUUUUCUUCCACCCGUCUCUGCUGUACGUCAUUUUUAAUCAUAUGUUCAUCUGUCAAACCGAAAAAGCAUAUUUUUUCCGCUUUGUUAGAGAUCUGGUUCAUUUGCCCAUUUCUAUAGAACCUGCAUUAACAAAACUAACGACCCCAGCGACUUCGAGAGACACCAAACGACAAAUUCGCCUAAGGAUCAACGGCAGCCUGACAGCUUUUACACUGGAAUGGAAAGCGAAAGCGGAGUGUUUUGCGGAAAUGCAAUAUUUAUGUCGGAGCUCCUUCGUACAAAACGACAUGCAAGGCUGAGAAGGCACAAAAAAAAUUUACAGAUAUUAAUAUAAACGUAUUUAAAUGUGUUCGAGAUACACUGACACCUUCAAUCUGUAAUAAAGACUUCUUUACCAUUA